UGCCUUUGUGCUGAAUUAUGUCAUUGGGAGGUUAUCACCUGAUGUUUGUCCCGUGAUGAGGAAGUAUAAAGAGUAACAGUUUGAACGUGAGCCUCAGGAGAGUGACAACAUGGGAGCUGUUCGAGUGAUGAGGUUUGGAAUUCUGGCAGUGGGGGGCAACCCAGAGAAGAUGGCGGCCAUCCUGUUCAUCUGCUCCUUGUUCUUUCUGAGUGCUUUAGGAAGUCAACCAACACCCUGCACUGCACCGGAUCUCCUGGAAGGUCAUAGGUAUACUGGUGACCUGAGGAGAACCUUUGAGGAACAGGAAAGAUUCUCCUACGAUGCUAUUCAAAAGAGGAUAUAUGUGUUCAGAAGGAUGUUGCAAGGAUCUAGCAAAAUGCUGGAAGUGGUGGAUAUCAUGCUAUUCCAGCAGUCUGUCAUGUACCAGUUCUACCCUCAGAACAAGACCUGUGUGAUGUCUGCUCUCCAUACUCCAUUCCAGCCCAUCGCGGUUCCCUCCGACGCCAAGUUCGUCACUCAGAUGUAUGCUGGUGGCUCCUCUGAACCGCGGGAGGGUGUUCUGGCCAAUGUCUGGAGCCUGACACCUCAAGAGGGUGAUAUUUCUUUCCUGUCUUACACGGAUUUCAAUUGUGUCCCUCUGUCUGAGGUCUCCCACAGGAAGGGCAAGGGUUGGAUCUUUGCAACAUUCAUGAACUUGAAUAAGACUAUCCAUGAUCCCAGCGUGUUCACACCUCCUCCAGAGUGCUCUCAUCUGGACUAAGCGCUGAGAAUAUUCUCUCGUGGAGCUGGUGGAACUAUCAGAUUUACUCUAAUAAAGAAUGAUUGUAUCA